AUGAAUUUGUGCUACUGUUUCUCACCUACUGCAAGACCAGAAAACUUUGAUGAUUGUUGGUUUGGAGCGAUUCGGGAGCAAAGAAGCUCCACCUUGGAAGAUGGUGGAGAUCCAGAGCUGGCUGAUGAAUGCCGAUGCAUUGAAUCUGGACGAGCUGGACUACGACGACGAGGACGAAAGCCACAACCUCAAAACGCUCUUCCCGUGGUCGACCUCCUCGAAGACGAAAGCGACGGGCGAAAACGCUCGAACGAGGAGAGCGAGAACCAGCGAAAUCGGCCGAACUCGGACGAGGAGGAGGAAGAAGAGGAAGGCGCGCUGAGUGACGAUUCCGACGAUGGCGAAAUCAAAUCCGAUGCGGAGGACGGCGAAAUCAGCGGUUCGGACGGAGAAGCCGGCGCAGAGGAGCAGCAAAAAUCGAAUCUUCCUUCCAUUUUCCCCGAAAAAGAAAAGCGCCCUGCGAAGACGCGUCCGGAAAAGCCGCUUUGUCGAUACUACCAGCAGGGGUACUGCCAGUACGGGCAGCGAUGCCACUUUGUCCACGCGCGCAAGAACAUGGAAGUGAUCAAUCCCGUCGAAGAGAAGGUCGACACGGGCAAAUACAACAUGUUCUCCAAAAACGAAGACGAGGAAGAAGCCAUUCCAAAGACAAAACGAACAAUUACGGUCAUGCCCGUCAGAUCAGCGCAUGUGGGACUGAACCGUCCUCCACCACCAAAAGCAACUGGCGAGACACCUUGGGAAAAAGCGUUGAAAGCGAAAGCACGGCUGCGGAAAAACGGAAUUCAACCAGCUUUGGGAGAAAAUGAAAACUCUGGCAAGACGAGAAAGUUCGAAGAGCCGGACCCGUUUUGGGCGAAAAGAACGGCGAACAGCCGCAGAAGAGAGAGCACGUUUUGA